GUGUCGAGGGUAGAGAGAGACAUAUUCUCCACGGCAACAGCGGCAACGGGAGGAACUGGGAUCGUGAAACUUUCUAAUUUUGUGUUUCUCCUGUUCUUUAAUUUAAUUGGUUUGAUAUAAUCAGCUAAUUAAUAAAAUGCCAUUAUUUCCUCGUGUCCGUUUAGCAGCGAGUGUUUUAUCCUUGUUCCUGCUCGUGGCCACCUUUCGGUGCUCGUCAACUUUCUAUCUUCCGGGUUUGGCUCCCGUCAGCUUCUGCGGGAAAGAACUUACUGGAGAAAAGGAGCUGGUACCGGACUGCAGGUCAGAAAUUGAAUUGUUUGUGAAUCGACUGGAUUCGGUGGAGUCAGUGUUGCCUUAUGAAUACACUGCAUUUGAUUUUUGUUCCAUAACCUCAGAAAAACGUCCCUCUGAAAAUCUAGGCCAAGUUUUAUUCGGUGAGAGAAUCGAGCCUUCGCCAUACAAGUUCAAUUUUAUGAAGCCAGAAAAAUGUAAGCCUGUCUGCACAAAAGUUUAUGAUACCAGCAAACAAGAAGAUAAGCAAAAACUGGAGUUUUUGAAGAAAGGCAUGCUUUUAAAUUACCAACAUCAUUGGAUUGUUGAUAAUAUGCCUGUAACAUGGUGCUAUGAUGUAGAGGAAGGGCAGAAGUUUUGUAAUCCUGGUUUUCCAGUUGGCUGCUAUGUUACCGAUGAUGGUCGUCCAAAAGACGCUUGUGUUGUAAAUUCUGAUUUUAAUGACAAGGACACCUUUUAUAUCUUUAAUCAUGUUGAAAUAACUAUCUACUAUCAUGUUGUGGAAAAUGAAGCUGCUGGUGCAAGAUUAGUAGCAGCAAAACUGGAACCAAGGAGUUACAAACAUACUCAGCCAGACCAUCCUGAUUGCUCCGGUGUUCCUUUGGACAUAAAAAACAAGUUUGAAGGAGAGCUCAAAAUUGUUUAUACUUACUCUGUUAAUUUCGAGGAAGACAAAAAUAUUAGAUGGGCUUCACGGUGGGAUUACAUUUUGGAGUCAAUGCCACAUACUAACAUACAGUGGUUCAGCAUCAUGAAUUCCCUAGUAAUUGUCCUGUUUCUUUCUGGUAUGGUGGCCAUGAUUAUGCUGAGGACUCUGCAUAAGGAUAUUGCGCGAUAUAACCAAAUGGAUUCAAUAGAGGAUGCUCAAGAAGAAUUUGGUUGGAAGCUUGUUCAUGGUGAUGUUUUCAGACCACCAAGGAAGGGAAUGCUGUUGUCUGUUUUUCUUGGAUCAGGCACUCAAAUCUUCAUUAUGACAUUUGUUACUUUGUUUUUUGCAUGUCUGGGAUUUUUAUCACCUGCUAACAGAGGAGCACUGAUGACAUGUGCUGUGGUGUUGUGGGUUCUACUGGGAACUCCAGCAGGUUAUGUGGCUGCCAGAUUCUACAAAUCUUUUGGAGGUGAAAAGUGGAAGACUAAUGUUUUGAUGACAGCUUUCUUAUGCCCUGGAAUUGUUUUCACAGAUUUUUUUGUGAUGAACCUAAUACUGUGGGGAGAAGGCUCUUCUGCAGCAAUACCAUUCGGAACAUUGGUGGCUAUUUUGGCUCUCUGGUUCUGCAUUUCAGUACCUUUAACUUUCCUUGGUGCUUACUUUGGCUUUAAGAAAAAUGUGAUUGAACAUCCAGUGCGAACAAACCAGAUCCCACGCCAAAUUCCUGAGCAGUCAUUCUAUACCAAACCACUACCUGGAAUUGUUAUGGGAGGAAUUCUUCCUUUUGGCUGCAUUUUCAUUCAGCUUUUCUUUAUUCUCAACAGCAUCUGGUCUCAUCAAAUGUAUUACAUGUUUGGAUUUCUUUUCUUGGUUUUCAUUAUUCUGGUCAUUACAUGUUCUGAGGCAACAAUAUUGUUAUGCUAUUUCCACCUUUGUGCAGAGGAUUAUCACUGGCAGUGGCGUUCCUUCUUGACAAGUGGCUUCACAGCUGUCUAUUUUCUUAUAUAUGCAGUACAUUACUUUUUUUCCAAACUUCAAAUAACAGGGCUGGCCAGUACAAUUUUGUACUUUGGAUAUACAAUGAUAAUGGCAUUAAUCUUCUUCCUUUUUACAGGAACUAUUGGCUUCUUUGCAUGUUUUUGGUUUGUUACCAAAAUCUACAGUGUUGUGAAAGUAGACUAAUAACGGCUACAAGAUGCCUUCUUCCUGCUUCUUCCAUCCAUUGGAUUUGAAGGCUGUAGUUCUUGCUUAAAGUCCUUAGCUGAUGUGUUUUAUUUAAAAGAAGAAAACAAUUCAGUGCACAUGAUAAAGAAAUUAGCUUGGGACCAGAGUGUUUCAUUCUGAAAGUGAAGAACUUUGAUAUUUUUUCUCUCUUUCUCUGUUUUGUUUUAGCAAUGACUGGCUACAUUUUUGUUGACACACUACUUUGAAGACAUUGAUAGUAACAUUAAGAUAUAUUUGUAAAUAAGAUACCUUUUGCUAUUAUGGAGAUCAUGUAUAUUGACAUUGACCAGAGGUGCAAGGCUUAACAAGCAAACAUGUAUCAAUUGAUAUAUAAAGUACAUUUAAAUGUAAAUAACAUUUUCUAGUAUUAAAUGGGAAGACUUCAAUGUUGAGUGUGUGAAGAGAAUCUUGAUUUCAUACUGAAAUCUAGAGAUAAAAAGACAACUUCUAAUUGUUUGUUGUGUCAUGAUUGUGUCAAUUAUUAAUCAUUUCAUUUUUUGCUAUGGCUUAUGCAAUCUCUUUAUUCCAUCUGUCACUUUUUGCCUCUGCGCUACUUGAUUUAUAAAUUUAUAAAAAAGAAAAAAAAUAAACAUUGUGAAAGUGAUCACUUUUUUUUUAACCUUAUGUUAAUUGAUUUUUAUUUACAAGUAUACCUUAGUUGGUGAAACAAAAAAAUUGCAUCUUUUGAAUUUAGUGAAUGAACUACUUGGAUUUUUUUCAAUAACGUGGACUGUUCUUGA